AUGGAUGGGCAGCCAAGAACAACGGUUGUGGGCCGCCCAAAGAGCAGCCAAUAUCCACGGUCAAGAAUAACACGGGAUGGGGAGACAGCGAUGAAUGGCCAAAUAAUGGCGGAUGGGAAAUCAGGGUAUGGGGCGGCGGCCAGGGAACAUUGGAAGAGAAGCCCGAGUCCAAGACCGACAAUAGCGGAUGAGGACCUCCUCGAGAACCGCCAGCCUUCAAAUUCCGAUAGCAGUGGCAGGGGAGUUAACCUCGCACCCAACACAAAUGAUACCGGCAAGAAGGAAGUCGCCUGCACGAGAUGCAAGAACUCUUUCCCCAGCAACAACAAACUUCACCAGCACAUUCGUGAAGGAAGUUGCAAGAGUGUGCAGCCCAAAGGCGGGUCUGAUGCCGAGGAUUUCAGACAGCAGCCAAACUCGACGUGGAUUGCAAAUGGAAGGGGGGCAUCAAAGACUGUCAAAGAAAAGGCUGCAAAUGAAGGAGAAGCGGAGAACACAAGUAGCAAUGCCAAGGAAGAACGCUGGGGCGAUUCGAACUCCAAAUGCUCGGAUUUCACCUCCCCAUUCGGGUACAUCCCACCACCGCUGAACUUCCGAAAUAAGACCCGGGAUGUUAGUUCCAAAUUCGACCAACUUGUACAAAAUGGCGCAUUGAACUCAAAAGAAAUCCUGCUUCUCGAAAAAAGUCGUGGCUUGGAGUUCCUUGUACACUUGACACACUUGGAAUCUAUGGCGUCAACGAAAACAUGGAAGACGAUAGCGAAUCAGGUAGACGGCAUCCCGAAAACCGAAAUUGAUCAAGACUAUCCAUAUUGCACUGUUCAUGCUCUCUUAAUCCGAUGGGAAGAUGGGGAUCUUGAUUUCGAUUGGGCGAUAAAUGGACUACGGGAAGUGUUCAAAGAUCAGUUCGGAUUCCAUUUGGUUUCGUCCUUCAAAAUACCCUCGAAUCGACCCUACGAGGCUUUAGAGUCCAAGUUACAAUACUUCAAAGAGGCGCAUUCAUCUAAAAGCCGGCUACUCAUUGUCUAUUACAUUGGCCACGGAUAUCUUGAUCUGCAAAACAGAAUGCAUUGGUGCGCGACAAGUUCUCGUGAUUCCCCGACCCUUGAUUGGUAUGCCCUGCAGGUCGGACUUGAGCGCACGGAAUCCGAUGUUCUGAUCCUCUUGCACGCAUGCUGUUCUGCUGGGGCAUCAAAUCUUUCCCAUGAACCAAAACUGAAUAGGGGAGGCCGAACCGAGAUCAUUGCCGCAUGUAGUUUCAAAUCAACAACCAGUGAUGCAUCCUUCACAAAAACGCUCAUCGGGGAACUUAAGCGUAUGGCUCAGAAUGACUCUAAUUUCGGCGAAUGUAUUUCGGCUACCUUACCGGAUGGCGAUGAUCCUGGAAUCAUGCUAAUUUCCAACGAUAGUUUCUCAACUCCAGUCUACAUCUCGCUCAGCAACGACUUCCGCCAAGCAAGCAUCCCAAUCAAACGAUUCGGUCCGUUGAAGCCACUCCGACGCAUUCGAAGCAGGGACUCCUUCAGGACGUUUUUAAGAGGAGCCAUGGCUGAGGAGGAGCAUGAUGAAGAUGUGCCUGGAUCAGAAGACAUUGAUCCUUAA